AUGAUUAUGGUGACUAAUCCCGACACAUAUAAUUAUUUUAAAACAACUCGAUUAUAUUUGAACGAAUUUAGGACGACUCAGUGCCCUUUAUUUCUCGAGCAGCAGUGUCAUAAUCAUCGACCGUAUACCUGUUUUUAUUGGCAUUUUCCGAAUCAAAAACGGAGGCGACCGAUAAAAAAACCAGAUGGUACUUUCAACUACAAUCCGGAUGUUUACUGUGAUAAAUAUGAUGAAAAUUCAGGUGCAUGUCCCGAUGGAGAUGAAUGUCCUUAUGCACACCGAAAUGCUGGGGAUACAGAAAGACGGUAUCAUCCGCGUUAUUUUAAGACUGGAAAUUGUAUUUAUGAGACUACGGAAAAUGGAGCUUGUGUCAAAAAUGGUCUUCACUGUGCUUUCGCACAUGGGCCUGAUGAUUUACGCUUGCCUGUCUACGAUAUUCGAGAGGUUCAAGAUGCAUCUUCCUCAAAAGUUACUGUAAAUCUUCCCGCCAGCUUAGAGAAGGAACGAGUUCUCAGCGAAGACCCUGCGUGGAAUGGUAAUUAG